UUUUAAAGCCCUCUAAUUCAUCUGCACUACACAAAGACUGGGAACAAUGGUGAACCUGUUCACUGCCGCGAAGCCCUUUGGAGCUUUGUUGAUGAAGCUGGUUGGGAUCACGCAACAGAAAAUCGAAAUCGAAGCAGGGACCAUCAUGAACUUUUGGGUCCCUAAUGAAAUGGCUAACAAACCAGUUGUGGUAUUGCUACACGGAUUUUGUGCAGAUGGCUUGCUGACUUGGAUCUUCCAAGUCUGUGCAUUGAGUAGGAAGUAUGCGGUUGUAGUGCCUGACCUUCUAUUCUUUGGUGCCUCGAUCACGGACCGUCCUGAUCGGUCCACAAACUUUCAGGCGGAGUCCCUGGCUAAGGGGUUGCGGAUGUUGGGAGUGGAAAAGUGCAGCGUCGUGGGGUUCAGUUAUGGAGGGAUGGUAGCGUUCAAGCUGGCUAAGCUGCAUCCUAACAUGGUCGAGUCCGUGGUUGUUACCGGGACAGUUAUGGAGUCAGAUGACGAGACCAGUGAUGAGGCCCCAGAAUCGUGGAAGAAGAAGAGAUUUUCACGGUGGUCACAUUUUUUGUUGCCGGAAACGAUCAGUGCUGGUAGAAUGCUGCUGUCCUUUGGCAGUCACAGAUUCCAAUGGUUUCCUGACUUCGCUGUUUCUGAUUUUCUGGAGGUAAUGUACAACAAUAGAAAGGAGAAGGCUCAACUGCUUGACGCUUUAAACUUCGGUGAUGAUGACUUGGCUCCAGCUAACUACUCUCAGAGGAUCCAUCUACUUUGGGGCGCCAAUGACAGGAUUUUGAGCUUGGAGUUUGCUUGGAUGCUAAAAAAGAAAUUAGGAGAUAAAGCAAGAUUGGUAUGGAUAGAGGAUGCAGGGCAUUUAGUUCAGAUGGACCGACCCUACCUUUACAACCGCUGCCUCGAGAAAAUUCUUGCAUCGGUUUAUAGUUUAUCAUAAGCUAUAUGGCGGGUAAAAAAUGGACUUCACUCAUUAAGCUCAUCCUUUUCUCGCUUCUUAGCUUUCUUAUGGAUGUCAUAUUCUUUUUUUUU